CAUGGACGCCCAGGAGCCGCAGCCCGACCCCGACGGCGGGGGCGCCCCGGGCCACGAGCCUGGAGGCAGCCCCCAAGACGAGUUCGACUUUUCCAUCCUCUUCGAUUAUGACUAUUUGAAUCCUAUCGAAGAAGAACCGAAUGCACAUAAGGUCGCCAGCCCACCCUCCGGACUCGCAUACCCCGAUGAUGUCCUGGACUAUGGCCUCAAGCCAUACAGCCCCCUAGACAGUCUCUCUGGCGAGCCCCCGCACCGGUUGGGAGAGCCGGAUAGGGUAGGGCCCCAGAACUUUCUGUGCCCUGCCAAGCCAGCGGGGGCCUCGGGCCUGAGCCCUCGGAUCGAGAUCACUCCAUCCCACGAACUGAUGCAGUCAGGGGGGCCCUUCCGCAUGAGAGACACUGGCCUCGUGGUCGAGCAGCCGCCCCUGCCGGGGGUGGCCGCCAGCCCGAGGUUCACGCUGCCCGUGCCCGGCUUCGAGGGCUACCGCGAGCCGCUUUGCUUGAGCCCCGCUAGCAGCGGCUCCUCUGCCAGCUUCAUUUCCGACACCUUCUCCCCUUACACCUCGCCCUGCGUCUCGCCCAAUAACGGCGGGCCCGACGACCUGUGUCCCCAGUUUCAAAACAUCCCUGCUCAUUAUUCCCCCAGAACCUCGCCAAUAAUGUCACCUCGAACCGGCCUCGCUGAGGACAGCUGCCUGGGCCGCCACUCGCCCGUGCCCCGUCCGGCCUCCCGCUCCUCGUCGCCUGGUACCAAGCGGAGGCAUUCGUGCGCGGGGGCCUUGGUUGCCCCGCUGCCCGGAGCCUCACCCCAGCGCUCGCGGAGCCCCUCGCCGCAGCCCCGGGACGACGGCGCCCCUGCCGGGUACCCCCCCGCGGCUGGCUCUGCCGUCCUCAUGGAUGCCCUGAACAGUCUCGCUGCCGACUCACCCUGUGGGAUCCCCCCCAAGAUGUGGAAGACCAGCCCCGACCCGUCGCCGGUGUCCAGCGCCCCGUCCAAGGCUGGCCUGCCCCGCCACAUCUACCCAGCCGUGGAGUUCCUGGGGCCCUGCGAGCAGGAGGAGAGGAGGAACUCAGCCCCCGAGUCCAUCUUACUGGUGCCACCAACUUGGCCCAAGCAGCUGGUGCCCGCCAUUCCCAUCUGCAGCAUCCCAGUGACUGCAUCCCUCCCACCACUUGAGUGGCCACUCUCCCACCAGUCAGGCUCCUAUGAGCUGAGGAUCGAGGUGCAGCCCAAGCCACAUCACCGAGCUCACUACGAGACAGAAGGCAGCCGAGGGGCUGUCAAAGCUCCGACCGGCGGCCACCCUGUGGUUCAGCUCCAUGGCUACAUGGAAAACAAGCCGCUGGGGCUUCAGAUCUUCAUUGGGACGGCCGACGAGCGGAUCCUUAAGCCCCAUGCCUUCUACCAGGUACACCGGAUCACGGGGAAAACCGUCACCACCACCAGCUACGAGAAGAUCGUGGGCAACACCAAAGUCCUGGAGAUUCCACUGGAGCCAAAAAACAACAUGAGGGCAACCAUUGACUGUGCGGGGAUCCUGAAGCUUCGGAACGCGGACAUCGAGCUGCGGAAGGGCGAGACGGACAUCGGGAGGAAGAACACGCGGGUGAGGCUGGUGUUCCGGGUGCACAUUCCAGAGUCCAGCGGAAGGAUCGUCUCCUUGCAGAUAGCAUCUAACCCCAUCGAGUGCUCCCAGCGAUCCGCCCAUGAGCUGCCCAUGGUGGAAAGACAAGACAUCGACAGCUGCCUGGUCUACGGGGGCCAGCAGAUGAUCCUCACGGGACAGAACUUCACGGCCGAGUCCAAAGUCGUGUUUACUGAGAAGACCACAGAUGGGCAGCAGAUUUGGGAGAUGGAGGCCACGGUGGAUAAAGACAAGAGCCAGCCUAACAUGCUUUUCGUUGAGAUCCCUGAGUAUCGGAACAAGCACAUUCGGACAUCAGUGAAGGUGAACUUCUAUGUCAUUAACGGGAAAAGAAAACGAAGUCAGCCUCAGCACUUUACCUACCAUCCAGUCCCAGCCAUCAAGACGGAGCCCACUGAUGAAUACGACCCCACCUUGAUCUGCAGCCCUGCCCACGGGGGCCUGGGGAGCCAGCCUUACUACCCACAGCACCCAAUGGUGGCCGAGUCCCCCUCCUGCCUCGUGGCCACCAUGGCUCCCUGCCAGCAAUUCCGCUCAGGGCUCUCAUCCCCCGACACCCGCUACCAGCAGCAGAACCCAGCGGCCGUCCUCUACCAGCGGAGCAAGAGCCUGAGCCCCAGCCUGCUGGGCUACCAGCAGCCGGCCCUCAUGGCCGCCCCCCUGUCCCUCGCGGAUGCCCACCGCUCCGUGCUAGUGCACGCUGGCUCCCAGGGCCAGAGCUCGGCCCUGCUCCACUCCAGUCCAGCCAACCAGCAGGCCUCACCGGUGAUCCACUACUCGCCCACCAACCAGCAGCUGCGCUGCGGAAGCCACCAGGAGUUCCAGCACAUCGUGUACUGCGAGAACUUCGCGCCCGGCACCACCAGGCCCGGCCCACCCCCUGUCAGUCAAGGUCAGAGGCUGAGCCCGGGCUCCUACCCGACGGUCAUUCAGCAGCAGAAUGCCACAAGCCAAAGAGCCGCCAAAAACGGACCUCCGGUCAGUGACCAAAAGGAAGUAUUACCCGCGGGCGUGACCAUUAAACAGGAGCAGAACUUGGACCAGACCUACCUGGAUGACGUUAAUGAAAUUAUCAGGAAGGAGUUUUCAGGACCUCCUGCCCGAAAUCAGACGUAGAAGAAAGCCAUUAGCAAGACACCAUCCACAUUGCUAACGCCGGAGCCUCCCACCGUCCUCCCCGGUGCCCACCCCACCCGGAGGCUGAGCACGGGACCAUGUACCGGCCGAAAGCUACCCCUCUAUUCCGGAGCUCGCCUCCUCUCUGUGCAUUCUGAGUCUUGUUCUGAAUCCCAAAGAGCAUCUCGAUUGACUUUCAGGUGUCCCAUCCAAACCUUAAGUGCCUGCUGACCCCAAAUACAUCCUGAACCAGACCACCCGCUGGAAUGCGCCUGAGAGCUGAGAGCCUGCAGCCGGGGACUCGGGGGACGGAAGAUGGGGAUGCAGUUAAACCCCAGCCCUUGCCUUCACUUUUCUGGGUCACAGAUACAGCCCUUGUACCUUUUGAAGGAAAGGAGCACUCCAACAGCAACCAAAGGAACGUGACCCAGCUUACGUCACUGGGCUGAAGAAAAACAAAGAAGCUGGCCCAUCUUCCCUAGGGAUUGCCCGUCCACACCAGGGAUGGGCCACAGCUCAAGCUUGAUUUUUAAAUGUUCUGCUUCUGAAUCAAAAACAGUCUGGCUCAUACAAGAUCACCUGUUAAAGCUUCUCGGCGUUAUGACACGUGUACACUUUUUUCUUCUCCGCUUUCAAAAAGCUGGCCGGGGGGCGGAGGGGGGCCCUCUUGGCUAGCUGCCCUUCCCCCCUGCAGCACGCGGUCACGGACAAGAGGAGGUCACCCAGGCUGCCGGGUGAGCACGCAUCCGCUGCAGCCGGACAAGCUUCGCGGCUUUUUGAUGUUCCCGCUUUCUUUCCUCUAACAGCCCAAGUGCUUUUCCAGAAAGUACAGUAGUUAAGAAGAAUCGCAAGCAUGUGCAUUGAAUUUUGAGAAGGAACGGCAGAAGGGCUAAAGCAACGAAAAAAAAAAAAAAGAAGAAAAAAGUGCAGGUAUUUUUGUUAAGUAAAACGGUUGCAAAGUAUAGCAGCUGGCAGGCCUAAGUGCUUCGGUGGGUGGGCGCCCCCACGAUCGAGGAAGAAGGCUGAAUUCCCUCUCUGGCCUAGACACAAAGUGGGAUACUCAAGCUCACGAUUCGGCCCCGAAGUUCACUGGUUAUUUUUAACUGAACCCAUUGAAACCCGCCCCCCGCCCCAGUCCCCAAGACGCCUCUGCAUUAGCUGCUUCAUGCAGCACAAAUGUGAUCUGAAUAGAAGCAGAUCCUCUCCCACACAGCCCUUAGUGUGAAUGUGCUCCGCUCAGACCACUCGCAUGGAGUGUGCAGCUUAGCCCUGAGUGUCUCUCUCCUCUGGGUGCACCCGCGGUCCGCCAAAGUCUUCCUCCUUUGGGGCAAUUUUUGCAAACAAAUAAAACCCUCCAAGUUCUUGGCAGGUGAGCUGUUAAUCACACAGAUGUGUUUGUUUACAUUCAUUGCAGACACCCCAGAACAAACUGGGGAUUCCUUUUCGGCCAUUUAAUUGCUUCCCUGUAAUCAAACACAGAGUGUAAAUGUUCCUGGCACUCUUCAAAAGGCUGUACUCAGGCCUUCUGCCUAGCAGAGCUGACUGAAAAAAAUCACUCUACGAAGAGAAUCGUGGCAGUUAAGGGCCCACUGUGGGCUUUCUAAGUCCUGGCUUUGUCAUCAAAACCUUUCUGAGAGCUGGGGCCAGGAGCUCCAGACCUGUGACCCCGGCCUGGUGUGUUGGGGGCUCCAGAGAGGACAGAAUGCAGCACGUGUCUGUACCCUUUUGGUCAGGACCUAGCAUUUCUUCCCUCCCACCCCACCAAGGACAGGGGACUUUUCCACCCAGCCCAAGCAGAGUUUAGCAAAAUUCUUUUCAACAAACAGAAUACCAGUAAGAAGUUGACCGCCAUCGCAAAGCUUCUGGGAUGCAAAAUUCUUCCUCAUUAAUAAAGUGUUCCUUAUCCAAGCAGCUUUACCUAAAGAACUUUCUCUCCAGCAAUAUUGACUUCACGGGGGAAGGGUUCAAGCAUUUGGUGAGCGAUUUGUUCUCACUUGACCUGGCUGGGAGCCAUUUUUUGCACAUGAGGGAAUUUGGCCUUUCCUCAGUUAUCUGAAUGUUUUACCCAAGUGCCUUCCUGCUAUUGUAGCAGUCGCUCAGCUGCACUGUGCAUGGGGUGAAAAAGGACUAAUGCGUUUUCCAUCACUAUUCUAACCAUGUUAGUGCAAAGGGCCUCCUAGUAGUUCAGAUUCCCGUAUGUAUAGAUGUACGUGUGUGUGUGUAUAAGACACUCACAAACUCUUUUUCUAAGACAUCCUAGCUGGGUAUUAUAGGAAGCACUUUCAUAAACAACUAUACCAAAUAGCAAAGGAAGGAAACAAAAGCAUUAGUUUUGAGACAUAAACAGGCGAGAGAAUGUGUAGUAAGACUCGACAGCAGUCAGGAAAGUUUUGUCAGAUACAGAUGCCAGGAGGAAGUUUUGCCAAGAGUAAACUGCUCAUGAAAUAUUUUCAGUAUGGGGAGAGGCAAUAGGUCCUCGAAGAGAAAGAAAAAGGAUGUCUAAACUGUCAAGAUGGGUGUGUUGCACGUGUGUUAGAAGGAUCUGUUAGGUAGAGGUUUGUACUUGCUACAACCGAGGUAAUGUAAAUAUAUAGCACUUCCAACAGCAAUCUGCCCUGUUGCUGAAUGUAGUAUAUUUCCAAAGUUUGAGUCUUCCUGUAUUGUACAAAAAUACUGCUGCUUGAUAAUAUAUAAUAGCAACCCAAAUUAAUAAGUAUGGUAUUAAAUUUUAUUUUCUUA